AUGCCUCUCUACCCAUCGUUCCACCGAACUAUUCGUCAUGCCAACCAGACAGACAUCAGCCUGAAGUGGCGCUGUCCAGGUCGCAGAGCCACGGUCGUCUAUCGCCGUGGCCGCGCCCUCUACUUGAACGCGACCCGACUUUCGGAGUACUAUGGCGCGGGCUUGGCAGCACACGCGUUGAAAAACAUUAGUGAUGGACUGCUCGCAAGGCGCAGAGGGGGCCUGAUGAAUGUGCUCGUCCUGGGCAUAGACUCGACGUCACGAAUGAACUUCAAUCGCCACAUGAAGCGGACGCGGCGGCUACUUUUAGGAAAGCUGAAUGCAUUCGAGCUUUUUGGCUACAACAAGGUAGGCGACAGCUCCUUCAGCAACCAGAUACCGCUGCUGAUGGGAAAGUCUGCGGACGAGGUCAAACGAAUAGUUCGCAACGACAAUUUAGACGACUUGUUGCUCCUGUGGAACCACUACUCGGUACGUGGGUAUGCCACCCUUUUCCUGGAAGAAAUGCCUUUCUACAGUCUAUUCACAUAUCCGAACUACCGGGGUUUCCGUAAGCCGCCAACCGAUUAUUACCCUGUGCCCGUCCUGCAUGCCAUGGAAGAAAACGGAGGCAUCGACGUCUACUGCGCCGGCUCGCGCUUGAAGACACAGGUAUUCUUAGAGUACCUUAAAGACGUGAUGGAUUUGAACGCUGAUCACGGCAUCCCGAUGUUCUCGUACGUCUGGCUGUCGGACGUUCUGCAUAGCAACGAGCACGGUUUGUUGGCGCUAGAUGAUCCAGUACACGAGCUACUGCGAGACAUGCAAAAACGACGUGCCCUCGAAGACACUGCGCUUGUCCUGCUGAGUGACUACGGCGCGAGGUUUGGCAGCAACCGUGCCACGGUCAUUGACAGGCUCGAGGACAACGCACCGAUCGGAUACGUCGUGCUCCCGCGCAGAUUUCUACGCGGCCAUCCUAAAGCCGCUGUCAAUUUAGAGCGGAGCUCUUGA